AAGUUUAAUAAAGAAACGAAUGCUAUUCGCCUAUUCUUUAUGCUUCGUUCUUAUCUGUAUUUCUCGUCUGGUUUUUGGUUUGUUGGAUUUCUGGAUAGAGAAACCAUUAGCUCCGAGAAAAGGAGGUCUCAGAGGAGAAAGACAUGGCUUUUCCGCGAGGCAAUGCUUCUCUUCUCCUUCUCCUAAUCAUUUGCAUCCUCUUCAUCUCUUCCGUCGCUGUUUCUUUGAAGAAACCCUCUUCUGAGAGAGGAAGACAUAGCUUUGUUCCCUUUAGGAGGUCUAUUGGGGAGAUUUCUACUAAGUUGGUGAACAACAACUCUUUUGUUUUGGCUUCAGAGAGGACUAAUAGGAGAGAUCCUCUGAACAACUUCAAAGAUUACACUGGGGGUUGGAAUAUCAGUAAUCGCCAUUACUGGGCUUCCGUUGGUUUCACUGCUGCUCCUCUCUUUAUCAUUGCCCUUGUGUGGUUUGUGAUAUUUGGAUUGAUUUUGAUCUUUAGUGCUUGCUAUUACUGUUGCUGCCGUCGCCCUAUAAAUUCUUAUUCUCGAGUGGCUUAUGCAAUCUCUCUAAUACUUCUAUUGUUCUUCACCUUGGCUGCAAUUGUUGGAUGCAUUCUUUUGUACAAUGGUCAGGGAAAGUUUCACAGCAGCACCUCCGAUACAUUGGAUUAUGUUGUUGGUCAGGCAAAUUUUACUGUGGAAAACCUUAGGGAUUUCUCUGGGAAUUUGUCUGCUGCUAAGAGGAUCAAAGUGACCAACUUGCUUGUACCAGGUGAUCUACAAGGUAGGAUUGAUGAGAUUGUGACCAAGGUUAAUACAUCCGCGGAUGAUCUAGAUAGACGCGCAGCUGACAAUUCAAAAAAUAUCAGAGAUGUUUUAGAAACUGUGCGAUUGAUUUUGAUCAUCGUAGCAGCUGUGAUGCUUCUAUUGACAUUUCUGGGCUUUGUUUUUUCUAUAUUGGGAUUGCAAUUCCUUGUCUACAUCUUAGUGCUCAUUGGAUGGUUUCUUGUUGCGGCGACAUUUAUUAUGUCUGGUGUAUUCCUUCUUUUGCACAACGUCGUUGCUGACACCUGCGUCUCCAUGAACGAAUGGGUCAUUCACCCUAGCGAGCACACUGCAUUGGAUGACAUCCUUCCUUGUGUAGAUAUCUCCACUGCAAAUGAAUCCUUGUACAGGAGCAGGGAAGUCACCUACAAGCUGGCAGACAUUGUCAACAAUGUCAUCAACAAUGUGGCAAACCCUAAUAAUCCGACCAUUCGCUUCAACCAAUCCGGUCCAUUGAUGCCGACACUGUGCAACCCCUUCAACAACGAUCUGAGCAAUCGCACUUGCUCUUCCGGCGAGGUUACUCUAACCAAUGCAUCACAGGUAUGGAAGAAAUACGAGUGCAGUGCCAGUUCUACAAAUGGAGUUGAGAUUUGCACGACAGUGGGGCGUGUAACUCCUUCUAUAUAUGAUCAAAUGGCCGCUGCUGUAUCUGUGGGAUAUGGGCUAUACCAUUACGGACCUUUCCUUGUUCAGCUUGAAGAUUGCAGCUUUGUAAGAGAGACAUUCAGUUCUAUCAACGAGAACAACUGCCCUGGUCUCAAGAAGUACACCAAGUGGGUGUACGUUGGUCUGACUCUGGUUUCGACGGCGGUGAUGCUUUCGACGAUCUUUUGGGUCGUCUAUGCUCGAGAAAGGAGGCAUCGGGUUUAUGGAAAGCAGAGGUAUUUUCAUCAAGGACAGGUUCCAGUGAUGGAUAAGUAGAGGGACUGUUUGUUUUUACUGAUCGUUCAGUUGUAGCUUUGUUGCUGUGAAGAGAAUGGUUUGGAUCUGAAUAUCUGAUGGUGUGUUUGGUUCUCAGAAUUUAGUGAAGGAAGGAUUUUGAUGAUUAGAGCUUGUAUGGGAAGUGUUUGUUGAUAUUAGUUGGGGAAGAAGAUGGGAUGCGUUUUGUUUUCAAGUAAUUUUAAUGAUGUUUUUUUUUUUGUUUGUAGGAAUGAUUUCAAACUUUCUAAGUCUGCUGGUAAAUGGAGUUCAAAUUUAAUGCUAAUUUAUUAUUCUUCUA